AUGGCUCCCAAGAAGCAAGCUAAGAAGUUGGACAUUGGUACCUUCUUUAAUCCUGUCGAGGAGAGUGAUAACUGGGCUGAUGAGGUUUCUGAUCUCCCUACUGAAAUCAACUUUGAACGCCAGCCAGUCAAGAUUGCUCCUACUGUGCCUCUUCGUCAACCCCCUGUUAUUCCUGACUACCCACCCUUUGUUGCACGCUUCUUGAACUUGGACUACUCCGUGACUCAGGAGGAACUCUACGACUUUUUCGGAAACAAAUACAAUGUUGUGAGCAUCCGUGGUCUCGAUAAUAUGGGCCGCAAGGGCUCUGCCAUGGUUGAGUUUGAGGACCGCGACUCUCUGGUCCGCGCUUUGGAUCUUGACAGUACCCCCUUCAAGAAUGACCGCAACUUCCGUGUGCUUUUGCCCGAAAGACGCAACGAGCACCGUGGCCCUCGUCGUGAUGCCCCUCCUUCCGAUGGCAAAGACCGCGACUUUGACAACUGGGAGCGUCGUGGACCUCUCCCUGAUUCCGAGGGAGGCAGCAGCAGCGGCUACAAGUCGCAAAACUUUGACCGCAAUAAUGAUGGUCGCGAGCGCAACUUUGAUAACUGGGGCGAACGCCGUGGGCCUCUCCCUGAUAAUGAGGGUGGCUUCAAGUCUCGCCGAUUUAACGACAAUGAUGAUGGCAAGGAGCGCAACUUUGACAACUGGGGUUCGCGUGGUUCCCUUCCUGAGGGUGACAAUGAGGGCCGAUUCGGCAACAACAACAACAACUAUAAUAAAUUCAACAGGGCACCAAGAGAGCAUCAAGAGGAGCGCGAGUUUGACUGGAACAACCGCAGGGGCCCACUUGAGGCUGCCCCCCAACGUCGCCAGUUCAACAAUAACUUUAAGAAUAACAACAAUGACGAAGAGGGACGUGAGUUUGACAAUUGGACCGAACGCAAGGGCCCUUUGCCUCCUAUUGUGAAGGAUGAGCGCAACUACGACUCAUGGGAGGGUAAGGGACCCUCUGCUUCUGCCAAUGCGGAUAAGAGAGAUUUUAGUAACUGGAACGAUCGUAAGGGCCCGUUACGUGGCAAGCCCCGCAAUGCUGAGCGCAAGAACUCCCGGGACGAUGUUUUUGACCGCGACUGGAACGCGGACAAGCCUGCUCAGGGUGUGAAGGCUGCCCAGGGUAACAAGGGCAACAAGGGUGGACGUCAUAACCAGAAUGAGAAUUCUGAUGCUACUGAUGCUGCUACUGAUGCUACUGCUACUGCUACUGAUGACUCUAUUGUUGCUGCUGAUGCUGCUCCUAAGGGCUACAAGAAGCUUCACCUUGAGCCUCGUACUGUUGCAGCUGGUUCCAGCAAUGAGAAUGUUCCUCGAUCUGCUGCUCUUUUUGGUCAUGCCAAGCCUGUUGAUACUGCUUCCAAGCUUGUUGAGGCUGAGGAGCGCGAGAAAAAGCUCCGUGAGCAGCGUAACAAGGAGUUUGCAGAGAAGCUGGAAGCAUCCAAGGCUCGCAAGCAGAACCUGAAUGAUCGCUCGAUUGUUGAGAAUGAUGCGGUCAAGUCAUUUGCAGCUUUGAACUUGCAAGAGGAAGAGGGGGAAGAGAAUAGCGAAGAGAAGAAGAAUGUUGGUGGUGAGACUCGUCGCAAGGAUGAGCCCACUGAGGCUGAGAAGAUUCUCAGUGCUGAGGCCACUCAGGACGAGUUGGAGGGUGAUGGCUGGAACCUUGUUCCUUCCAAGCGCCCUGGUCGCCGGUAA